AUGGAUUACGGUCCCCGCGUCUCCACUGGUGGCGGAGCGGCCGACAGGCCACUCCUCGGCGUCAGCACCGGCAGCGGAGGCAGUCCCCACCACUCGGCGCCGUCAUCGCCUCGGCGCGCUCACCCCCCUUCCUUCCGCGGACCCGCCGGCGUCUCCUUCUCGCGGCUGCGCCGGUGGUGGAAGCCCUUCCUCAUCCUCCUCGUCCCCCCACUCCUCAUCUACUCGUACGCGCUCGUCCACCCGCUUUUCCCCGACACGCUCCCGGCCUUGCCCAAAGUCAAGAUUGAGACGCAGCACGGGUCAUGGAGUUCGAGCUCUGAUGCUGCUACCGGCGACGACAACGCGACGGGCGACAAGGAGACAAUCUACGUCACGCCUGGGUCGUGUAUCUGUCCCGAUACCGAGCGUGGACAGCAGCUCUGCAACGUCUACCAGAGGCAGGGACUGCAGACAUCGAGACUCUACGAGGGAAGCGGCGCCCGCGUGCGCCGACUGCUCGCCAACGCGCGUGAAGGAAAGGCCGUCAAGGUUGGCGUAUUGGGAGGCAGUGUCUCCGCAUGCAGAGGAGUGCACCCUUCCCCCGAGUUUCCAGAGGGCGACCCUUCGGGCCCAGGGUGCUAUACGUCACUAGUCAAGCACUGGUUCCAGGACGCGUUUCCGACGACGAACAUCGAGUUUAAGAAUGGCGCUAUCGGAGGAAGCGACUCGAGCUACUAUGCCUUUUGUGGAACUCACCACAUUGCAACUGACGUCGACCUCGUGAUUCUUGAGUUUGACGUGAACGACCAGUCCGACCCGGUCUACCAGACCUUCUUUGACCAGCUCCUUCGUGUGCUGCUCGAGUUUGAGUCUCAGCCGGCCAUUGUCAUCCUCGGCUCGUGGUCGCCCCAGGUCGCACAGGACCAGGGCUAUGGCGACCCCCAGAUUGUCCACCUGCCCAUUGCACACUACUAUGACAUUCCCUACGUGUCGCUCAAGCGCCUCAUAUUCAACCACUACACGCGCUACCCGCAGUCUACCGCCAAGACCUUCUUCCUCGCCGACCAGCUGCACCCGAAUGCACGUGGCCACCGCCUCUUGAGCGACAUCCUGGUCUCGUACCUUGAAUCUCAGCUGUGCCUGCUCGACCAUUAUGGCCUGCCCGUCGUGCCUCCUAUCGAGCACACCAUUGCGACGUCUGACCCGUCGUCUUCGCUCAUCGACGUCAACUUUGACAUGCCGCAGCCUUUGCGUGUCGAUGGCGCCGUUGACUGGACCAAGCCGCCUGACGGAUGGGAGGAGACGUUCAACGAGGACAACCUCGAGGCGAUCGGCAACGAACGCCGUCUUUUUGCGCUUCCUCAAACUCCUUACGCCAUCCCAUUCUUCCCCAUGUUCGCGCCGCUCGUGGAGUCUAUCGACCCAAACAAGCCGGACCCCUCGUCGCCCAGCCACAUCCUGGAUCUGCGCCAGCCAGAGCUCUUCUGCGCCGAUGCCAACGACGCCAAGAACCCCAUGCAGCCGACGUCCCAUGAGGGCUGGGAGCCGUUUGUCUGGAACGGCGAGAAGCACUACUGGGUGUCGUCCGAGGUCGACGCCCGCAUUCGCGUGGAAGUCAAGGUCAAUGCUGGCCGCAUUGCCGUCUACUACUUCCGCUCACAGCACUAUGACCUCGGCGACGCGCUCUGCUGGGUCGACGAUAACGAGAAGGGUGCCAUCCGCCUGUCGGGCUACUGGACCAAGCAGUACAACAUGGCCGUCGUCGACUAUAUCGACCGCAACGUCACCAGCGGCGACCACUACGUCACCUGCAAGAUUGCAGAGGAGAACAGCCAUCCGCAUAACCCUGACGCGCACCAUUUCCGUAUCGUCGCGGUCAUGGCGACGUAG